UAAUGAUAAGAUGUGAGUCAUAGUAAGAGUCAUCGAUUUAUAAAAUAGGUAAUCUAAUGUUACCUAACCCUUUUCACAAUUCAUUAUAAAAGCUGAAGAAUAACCACUCAAGAUAACAACUCAAAACCAAAAUUUUAUCAAUUCAAGAAAUAUAAGUAUUUUUAAUUCAUUAACAAAAAACGUUAAAAUGUCAUCAACUGGUUCUUCUGGUUCGUCCUCUACUUUGGUCGGUUCUAACGCGGUUUACACAGGAAAUAGAUAUGGUGGAGGACCAGAUUUUAGGGGUUUAUCUACUUCACAAACCAUUGAAGCAGUACAACAACAAACUAGAAUUCGAAAUGCAGCCAAUCAGGCAGCCAAUCAAGCAGCACAACGACAAUAAUAAGCCAAAUUUUAUUAAAAUGGUUUUAUUUUUAUUUUGUAACGUUCACGCAUUAUUACAUGAGUUUUUAUAUUUGUUUAAAUAAUCACUACGUUUCGUCGUUUCGAUCAUCAUACACAAACCCAUUCGGCCUAUUGAUAUAUAACCCAAAGAUUAUUUUUGUUGUAUUGGCAUAAAUGGCGACUUUAAAUCAUUUAGUGAUAAAUAUUUAUAAGUAAUCUUAAAUUAGCAGAUAUAUUAUUUCAUAUUUUUUGUAUUUUGACUACUAAAAAUUUAUUAGCUAUUGCGUAAUAAAUAAAUAAAUAACAUAAUAUAUCGUGACUUAAUUUAAUAUAU